AUGCGCCCCAUGCGCUGCCCCAUGUGUGCCCCAUGUGUGCCCCAUGCGCUGCCCCAUGCGCCUCAUGUGUGCCCUCCGUAUUUCUUCCUCUCUCUCUUCCUAUCUCUGGAUCAUAAACGUCUCAACCUUGUCCCUUUUCCUUCUCUCGCAUCCCCACCCAACUAUCAUCGCCUUCCUCUCAAUGUCCUCGCUCUCUCUGCCCUUGCUCUUUCCACCCUCACCUGCCCUCCCUCCCUCCCCAUCCCCCAGGCAAGCUCCAUCCCUGCCGGCCCUUCAUCCUCCUCCGCCUCUCCAUCCGCUCUCCCAUCCCAAGACCCUUCUGCUGCUGCUGCGACGUCUUCUCUCUCUCCUGCUCCGCCCUCCCCGCCCACGCCGUACGACUUAGCAGACGAGGACGGGCGCUUGUCCCUGUGCCUGUGCUUGGGGCCCAUGGCCGUUGCCAGCUUGCUGCAGCUCUGCGAGAAGAAGGUGCGGGCGGGGGACGGAGGAGGAGGCGGCAUGGGUGCGCGAAAGAGAGGAAAGGGGAGAGAUGGUAGAGGUGUAGUGCAGUUAGGGGUAGCGGGUGGGCGGAAACGAGGUGCAGGAGGGGGGGGGAAGAGGAAACGGCCUUGGCAGGGGAUGGACGGGAUGGUAGAGGGGGAGGGGGUGGAUGGGAGAGGUGGAGGGAAGGAUGAGGGGGAUGAGGAGGGGGAUGAGGAGGGGGAGGAGGGGGAGGAGGAAGAGGAUGUGUUGACUGUGGAUUUUGAGGGGAUGGAACUGGAGGAGAAGGGUGUAGGGGAUGAAAAGGAGGAGGACGAGGAAGGGGAGGAGAAAUUUCCUGGUGCUACCACCGCUGCUGCAGCCACCCAUCCAUUAUCAUCAUUGCCAGCCGCAACAGAAGUAGCAGCAUCAGAAGCAGCAGCGGCAGCAGCAGCAGCAGCGGCAGCAGCGGCGGCAGCAGCAGCAGCAGUGGAGAAGGCGCAGGCAGCGGUGCAGGAGGGGCUGGUGGGGGCGCUGGGGUCGGCACGUGUGUUCCGGCACCUGCACCUGCCGGUCUUCCUCGCUGGCUCGCCCCUUGCUGUCUCCCAUGCCACUGCCUCUGCCCUCGGCGCCUCUGCUGAAGGAGGAGCUACUGCUGGCGUUCCACCUGGCAGCAUCGGAGUCCCCCUGGGCGCCCGCUGCAGCGUCUGUGCUCUGCGGUGCCACUCUGCGCCUCAGCUGGCACCUGCAGGUGCGCUGGGGGGGGAGGAGGAGGAGGGGAAUGAGAUGGGUGAUGAGGGGCGAUGGGGGGCGAGGGGCGAUGGGGGGCGAGGGGUGGAGAGGGGCGAUGGGUGA